AUGGUUGCGGCCAAGAAACAAAAAAAGACCAUUGAGUCAAUCAACUCAAGAUUGGCUUUGGUUAUGAAAUCUGGCAAAUACUGUCUUGGCUACAAGCAAACAUUGAAGACUCUGCGUCAAGGAAAAGCUAAGCUGGUGAUAAUCGCCAAGAAUGCUCCUCCACUAAGAAAAUCUGAGAUUGAAUACUAUGCCUUAUUGGCAAAGACUGGAGUCCACCACUACAGCGGUAACAACAUAGAAUUGGGCACAGCUUGUGGAAAAUACUACCGAGUGUGUACACUCGCUAUCACAGACCCUGGUGACUCGGAUAUCAUCACCACCCUGCCCGAGGCAACAGCAUAG